GCUGUCCCUAUCUCCCACCUCCAUCGUCUCUCCUCCCACCAUUCAUCUGUGUAUGAUUGUACAGGGCCUGAAGCAUCGUCUAUGCAUGGCUUCAGACCCCACCAUCUCACGAUUGCUUGUGUAUUGAGUGAGGAUUGGGUGCAGGCAUUCACGGAUGCCGUAGCCACAGCAAAGGCACAGCAAGAGGCAGCAGAAGCAGAACGUCAGUGGCUUGCCCAAGAAGCGGCAGCCCAAGCUCAGCGGACUGCUGAGGCUGACGCAACGACUCGAGACAAGCGGAAUGCUGCCAGCACUGAGUCUCUGAUUCAGAAUGAGAGUCAAUGGACAACACUACUCCAAGGCAUGAUCUUUGUGCCUACGGACGAGCAGGCGGAUCCGACACAGGUGGAGGCAGAAAGGAGCAACUUGACUAACUUGAUGUUGGGUAUGAUGAGGGCGGUAAUGUGGAACAAUACGAUGCAGAUUGCGUACCCGCAAACGGGACGGCAGCUGAGACAGACCCAGCAGAGAGAAUCUGCAACUUGGACAGCCGCCAUCCACGCAGCAACACAACAUCAGCAACAACAGCAACAACUGUUGGUAUCCACUAUCACACGCGUCAACAGCAUCGAGGCUAAGCCCUCAGCAGCACCAGGCUGCACGACAGACAUAGUGAAGCAGCUCGGCGAGCGCAUUGACCAUGUCAUCACCAUCAUCGGCGACCUGGGUGACUUUACCAGUCCGGCAUCGAUCAGCAGCACGGUGGGCGCCAUCAAGACGGACAUCACCAAACUGCAGGCACGACCAGACGCCGCCUCGAAAACGUACAAGAUGCCACGCUUCAACAUCGGGAAGUUUGAUGAUUACAACAAGACAGACACUUUGGCAUGGUGGCAUUCCUUCAUCACCGAAGCAGUCCGCCACCACAUACCAGAUUACCUGAUGAUGACAGCAGUCUACCUCCAACUUAUUGGAGGAGCACAGGCAUUCAUGAACCAUCUGGCGACCAAUCUGGGAACCACCAUUACCGACCUGCACAAGCACAUCACGUGGGAGCAGCUCGAGCAAAUGUGGCACACUUGGUUCAUGGUCCGGAAUGUAGUGAAAGCGGCUAUGAACGAGGUCUACUCCAGCUCGCAAGGGAACAUGUCAACAAGAGACUGGACGAUUAAGUGGCAGAAGAUAGUAACCACUCCAGGGUUCGACUUAAGUUUUCCAAACCUGCGAUCCGAAUUCUUUUCGCGAUCCUGCGCAGGACUGCGGUCGACAUUCGGUAAUGAGUACGACUAUGCCUCAUUUCAGGGCAUUCUGGACCGUGCUAAUCUGGUCAUCCAAACGGAUGACAAGGCCGCCAACGAAAGGCAUUCCCAGCCGCAAUAUGUGGCUAAGCAAGGCUACCAAUGGUUGGCUCAUAACAAUGCGGUGAUCACUGACGGAUCACCUGAUCUCCACGCUGCAGCAGCCUCCUCAAGUGAUGGAGGAGUUGUCGCAGCGCUCCCCCCGAAACAUCCAAAAAGGGUUCGGAAGAACAAGGCAGCACAAGGGACGACAGCGACGGAGACUGGGCAGCAACCAUGCACGACGUACAACAUCACCAAGGAAGUAUUCGAACUUCGACAACGUGCCUUGAUCGAUUGCGGAGCGUCUCACAACUUUAUGAGCCAAGCCUUUAUGGCACGCGCAGGCCUCGGUCCCCGCGUUCGAAGGAAGACGCAACCAACGCAAGUCACACUUGCGGACGGCCGCACGCGAAAGUCAAUCGACCGAUGCGUUGACGGCGUUCCGGUGUACUUUGCGCCCCUUGCGUGCGAGCUGGUGUCUUUUGACAUCCUCGACACUAAGUUCGACAUGAUUCUAGGCAUGUCUUGGUUGUGUAGCGCCGAUCAUCCGGUAAACUUUCAUGACCGAACCGUUCACAUCCGUGAUCGGAACGGAGUGUUAGUCCCGUGUACGGUCGCGACUCCUCACACUUCGAUUGCUUGUCACGUGGUUUCCGUCGCGAGGAUUCGCGACACCAUAGCUCGGAAUGACGUAGAGGAGAUGGAAGUUGUUUUCCUACAUGCCCUCCCCUCGACGGACAGACCAGCCGCGUCACCGUCGUACCCACACAUUACUCACCUCUUAGAUGGAUAUGUAGACGUCUUCGAGGCUCCCACAGGAACGGUUCCAGAUCGGCCCAUAAGUCAUGGGAUUAAUCUCGAGGCUGGCGCCGUCCCUCCGCGUGGAUGCAUCUACCGCAUGAGCGAAGAGAAACUCGAGGUGCUUCGCGCACAACUCGACGACCUUCUCGACAAAGGCUGGAUUCGCCCUAGUUGUUCGCCAUACGGUGCACCUGUUCUCUUCGCCCGGAAGAAGAACAAGGACCUACGGUUGUGCAUCGAUUAUCGAAAACUUAACGCACAAACCGUAAAGAACGCCGGCCCUCUCCCUCGGAUAGAUGAUCUCUUGGAGCGGUUGGGCGGCACGACGUACUUCUCGAAGUUGGACUUGAAGUCGGGUUACCACCACAUCGAAAUCCGGCCUCAAGACCGGUACAAGACCACCUUCAAAACGCGGUAUGGGCAUUUUGAGUGGGUCGUGAUGCCAUUUGGACUCACCAAUGCCCCGACAACCUUCCAAGCAGCCAUGACAACGGAGUUCCGAGACUUGCUCAAUUGUACCGUCCUCAUCUACCUCGAUGAUAUCUUGGUCUAUAGUAGGACGCUUGACGAGCACCUCGUACACCUUCGUGCGGUGUUGGAUUAUUUGCGAGCAGCCAAGUACAAAGCAAAUCGCGACAAGUGCGAAUUCGCCAAAUGAGAGCUUGAGUACUUAGGCCAUUACGUAAUGCCGAAAGA